AUGUUCCUCUGGAAGAGUUUACAUGGUGCUCUGCCAACAAAACAACGACUGUUGGAAAGACAUUUGGAUGUGGUUGUUGAUUGUUGUAGGUGUGGAGCAGCAGAAUCUAUUCUGCAUUUUCUCUUUAGCUGCCCCUUUGCACAGGAAGUAUGGGGACUGGUUCCCUAUAAGCAAGCCCUUUCUUGCAGCCAGGUGGAUAGUGUAAGAUCAGGUCUGCUCUUGGCAAAUUCGCUCAUCUAUCUUCCACCCACAGGAUUAUCUGCUGGACCGUUAGCACCUUGGAUAUGCUGGAAUCUAUGGAAAGCUCGGAAUCAAAGGGUGUUCAAUAACCGGUGUUUUAGUGCUAAUGAGGUUAUGUUAAGAGUGCUCUUGGAUGCGAAAGAAUGGUGUGAAGCUCAAUUUACUAAUUAUUUUGGUCAAAGGUCCCAAGAGAACUUCACAAUUAAGCGUGCUUAUGUUGGAGUAGUCCAAGGAUGGGUGACCUUUCGAGAAGUGGUUGUCGGAACUGAGUGA